UGCAGAUCGGACCAUUGGGAGGAUUACAAUCUUGAAGGUUGGAUCGAAAGGGCAAAUCAGCAUCCUGUGGAGCAUAUCGAGAUAUGUAGUCCAUUUCACCUGAUUCCCUUGGGGCUAGGUAUUUUCAGAUUUUCAACACUUGUUAUUCUCGAAUUGGUGUAUCUUGAAUUCCCUGGCAAUAUCUCUGUCAAUCUUCCCUCGCUUAAGACCCUUCAUUUGAAUGAUGUUCAUUUCAAAAAUAAGAAGAACUUCGACAAACUUGUUUACGGUUGUCCCAUUUUGGAAGAUCUGAUUGCUGACAUUUAUUACAAUGAAGGAGAUCAGGGUGAUACAGUUAGUCCAGGAGCGUAUAAAAUCCUAUCCAAGUUGAUCAAAGCCGAAAUAAAUGGAUUUCUAAUGGAUGUUCCUUUUAGAGCAAUUUCUAAUGUCAAGACUUUAACAAUCAAGGUGUCUUACGAGCUUUUUGACACAGAUAUUAAUUGCUAUUGCAGAAACUUACUUUUAUUUCAAAACUUAAUCCAGCUUGAAUUAUACUUGUAUGAAUUUUAUCAUUGGGACAAUGUAAUGGAAGUGCUUCAAAAUUGCCACAAUCUUCAAGAUAUUACUAUUGAACAGGUUACUUAUGUUUGUGGAAUGUUUCUUUUAGGUUAUUUUCUUUGCUUAUGUUUCGUAAAUCUUAUUUUGCCAUAUGUUUUGCAGUGGAUAAACGACAGAAGCAACCAAGAUUUGUGCAAAAACUGGAACUACCUAAAUGAUGUUCCUAAGUGCAUUUCUUCUCACCUCAGAACAUGUACUUUAAUUUUCCAAGGCAUUGUAGAAGAACUACGAUUUGCAACAUAUAUUUUACAAAAUGCGCCACAUUUAGAGGUCAUUGAGAUCUGCAUUGUAGAUCAUAAUUUUACCAAAUACAAAAUGCAUCUUCCAAUUCAAGAUGCAUUAGAAGAAGAAUUAAACUCGUGUCCAAUGAUUUCUCCCAAAUGUAAACGCUCAAUUACUUUUCGCUAGUCAUUUGAUAUUUGAUGGUGAACUAUAAU